AUGCAGGAUUUAAAAGAUAUAUCUGUUGACAAUGAAACAUUUUAUUUUGAAUAUUUUCUUGGGGGGGAUUGGAAGUUUCUUGCUUGUGUUUGCGGAAUUGGGGCUGUGAAUGCUGAUUAUGCAUGUAUAUGGUGCAAAUGUGCUCGACUAGACCGGUGUGACACAACCAAACACUGGUCAAUUUUGGAUCCCGACAAUGGUGCCCGGACAGUAAAUGAAAUUGAGCAAUAUGCCAGAUCUAGGAAAUUUAAUUGUAAGUCCAAACCCAUUUUCCCUUUCAUUCCUCUUAGCCAUGUGGUAAUUGAUACACUUCAUCUCUUCCUAAGAGUUUCUGAUAAUCUCAUUGGACAUUUGAUAAGAGAGCUCAAAGUUUGUGACUCCAUUGAAAAGAAAACCAAGUAUUCUGAUGGCUUCUGCAGAGAAAAGUACAGGAACAUGUCAAGGUAUGAGACAUUCUUGCAGGAGUUAGGUAUCCCAUUUUCUUGGUAUGUUGGAAAAGAAACAAAACAGUUGGAAUACCGUGACUUGACAGGGCCAGAGAAGGUAAAACUUUUUCAAAACAUAAACAUUUCUUUUCUAUUGCCGAACUCAGAAGAUAAAGAGACAAUCCAGAAAGUUUGGGAUGACUUUUGGAAAAUUAGACAGGAUUUGAAGCAUGAUUUUAAUUCAGAUGAUGUGGAAGUUGUCAAAAAAAAAAUCACCUCCUGGCUAGAACUCUAUCUAACAGUUUAUCAAGCAAAAGAUGUGACACCCUACAUACAUGCACUUUAUGCGCAUGUGCCCGAGUUCCUGAGCUUAUACACCAACCUCGAAUGUUUUACACAACAGGGCAUGGAAAAAUAUAAUGACAUUACUUCUAAGAAUUUUUUUCGAUCAAGUAACCACAGGGGUGUUUCUGCACUUGAACAGAUUUUACUCAAAAAGAACAGAGUACAGUAUUUGGAGGCAGCUGGCUGUGCUAGGGUUAAAAUUAAAUAUACUUGUUCUAAUUGCAACAAUAUAGGACACACAAUAAAAACAUGCACUGCUGAAUGUAAUAAUUGCAAAAGUACAACUUGUUGUGCACAUCUUGUAAAGCAUAAUGGAAAAUAUCACCCUAAGUGCACUGUACCUACUGAUAACUAGUUGAUGUCAUUGAUUUGUAAAUAUUUUCAAAACUUUAAAUCUUAACAGGAAAGGGGGAAGACUAGUAAGCACAUUUUAAAAAUAUAUAUUUGGUGGUUUUAAAAAGUUUUAUUAUACAAUACUGUGCUAGAAAUGAACUAAAGUGUCUAUUUGUAUUUUACAGGAAAAUUGA